UUUAAUUUCGCGGGAAGUGUUGUUGAUCUGUAAGGUCCCACUUGGCUUUCCGUACUUCUCGAAUGUAUCACGUGAUCAAAACAAAGGCAUUCUCCCGCGAAAAUCGUGUGUGCAAGUUGUAGUGACGGACAGCGAGGGAACAUCGCAGAAUAACAAAGUUGGCUAAUAAUGUUCUGCGAAAAGGCAGUCGAGCUUAUUCGAGAGCUCCACCGGAUGAUUGAUGGCCAGUUACCUGCUUUUAAUGAGGACAGCAUUCGACAGGUUCUUGAAGAAAUGAAAGCUUUAUACGAGCAGAACCAAAGUGACGUGAGUGAAGCGAAGACUGAGGGCAAGAGUGAACUGAUACCAACCAUCAAGUUUCGUCACUGCUGUUUGCUGAGGAACCAGCGCUGUAUUACAGCCUACCUCUAUGACCGCCUCCUUCGAAUCCGUGCUCUCCGAUGGGAGUAUGGAAGUGUGUUGCCCACAACAAUUCGGUUCCACAUGUGUGCAGAAGAGUUGGAGUGGUUCAAUCAGUACAAGAAGUCCUUGGCCACCUAUAUGAGGUCACUCGGAGGGGAAGAAGGGUUGGACAUAACACAAGAUAUGAAGCCUCCUAAGAGCUUAUAUAUUGAGGUACGCUGUUUGAAAGACCAUGGGGAAUUUGAAAUAGAUGACGGUACAGUUAUACUCUUGAAGAAGAAUAGUCAGCAUUUUCUGCCCCGAUGGAAAUGUGAGCAGUUGAUUCGACAGGGAGUCCUGGAGCAUGUCAUUUCUUGACUCGGAUGGGCUGUCUUUGGUUACUUAUGUCAGUUCAAAUUAGCAGUUAUCUUUAAGUAUUGACAUACUCCUAAUCAAUGAACACAUCUAUGCAUUUAAAUUUAAGAAAAGACCAUUUUUAUACCAUGUGGAUUUUACUGUCAAACUGCAUACAGUGAUUACACAAUGAAAAUCUACAUCUCACUGUUGACAUCUUAACAGGUCUUUUUUUUUUCCUUUUUGUUGCUAAAAACAGUGAAGAGAAAUAAAAUUACAAGUUCUGCAAGACA